CAGAAAAGAGUGGUCCUAUGAAACAGACCUUUUCUACACACUAUUUUGCUCAUCAGAUACAGGACGUCUUCUAAGAGACAGACCACUGACAAGACAGAUGAUCAGAAUUGUUUUUAUAUUAUCAUGGAAGUGCCAAGAUGGUCUAUGAAUGUGUGAUAUUGAAAAUGUCUGUAUGUCAAUCAUGCAUUUAUGGUAUGCCUGUGUUAAAUGAAUUAGGUGUAGUAUUCAAUCAGCAACAAUAUUUAUUCAAAGACAUUUGCUGAUCAUUUCUAAAAUGGCUGUGAAGGUGUUUUAACGCCAAAGUGACCGACCUUUUUCUGCUGUCAGUGCUUUUACAAAAUCUACAAUGAGGAAUUCAUUCCUGAAUUAUUAACGUCAUUGGUAAUAUUGCAUACUAAAUUGGAAAAUAAAAAUGUGUUAUCUGAAUAACCAAAGAAAAUGAAUAAGAAAGACUUUUAUCAACAUGUUAUUUCUAUGGUUGAGAGUUUGUACAUUGAUUGACCAUACAUUCAGUGAAGGGAUUGUUAUCAAUUGAAAUAGUCAAAAAAGCAUAUCUGAACUCGAAAUACACGCAAUCAUCAGUUCAAGUUACAGCACACUGGGCAAACCUCAGGAAAGAAAACCCGAGAAGGUUAGAAAGAUUAGAACUUGAACAGUAAGUUCCUGGUUUUGACUAAAUGCGUCACAGGGUUAAUCAUCGUACAAAACAUCAGCAUUCUCAACGUUACUCACAGCAGAGAAGUCUUGGGUACGCUCUUUAUGAAUAUGCGACAGUGUGUGUGUGUGUGUGUGCAAGGGAAAAGGAGAGAGAGAGACCAUCUCUUUGCACCAUCCACACUGCUCUGCUAUUGGUUGCUUCCUCUCUACACACAUUCAUAAUCAGAGUUCUAGUCUCUGAGGCUACAGAGAGACAGAGCGCCAGCUUAACACUGCUAGCCAAAACCAGUCUACAAUCACCUGCUGGACUGGCAUAAGAGAGCUACCGCUGUGGCAAGUGUGACGGAUGGUAAAGAACUGAACGAAGGUUGCAGUAACCCUCAGAAUCACAAUCCAAACGAACCCAGAUCCUUCUCGAAGGCGGUAACCAUGGAGACCAGUGAACAAACGGAGAUGACCAGCGUAAUUGCCUAUGAAAAGGAACUCUCGCUCACUGACUCAACUGAAAACAAAAAGGGCUUAGGAGGAACAGAAGAGGAACAAGUCUGUUUAGAGGCUGACUCACUAGAAUCCAUAGGGAAGAAAGCGUUGCUAGAAAUUCUAGCAGAUUUACCGGGUAGUAUGAUCGAUGAGCUUGACGGCUUAGGAAACGGGCUCUGCACAGGUAACCCAUUUCGAAAGGAGGCUUUGUCUAGCCAUGAAGAACUCAACCGAAACGAAUCCAUCACUUCGUCUGUCUCUGACACACCGUCAAGUGUUGACAGUGUGUAUGAGAACGAAGCUCAUCGUAAGAGACAGGACACCCAAGAACUAGAACAGCCUGAAGAUACUGUGUCCACCCCAGAGGAUGAUGAAGAUGGUGAGGAUAAAGACACAAAAGAGAUUGAAUAUGGCCCAUUAGAAAACUACAUCAGUGAUGUCCCAGAGGAGUCUUUACUAGAACAGUACAUCAGAGAGGAGGUUCUGUCGGAUGUCUCCAACGAGUCCUGUCAUGGUCUGGACCCAGACGAGGUGGAUGAAUGCCUGCGUGUUGAGAUAGCAGAGGCCUCUUCAGACGAUGAGAGUGAAGAUGGAGCAAAUAAAUGGAGGGCGAUAUUUUCCUCCUCGAUCAACCAUGAGGACGAUGAUGACUAUCUGGAUAGCCUCCAACUGAGUGCACAGGAUCUCUUCGUCCAAAAGGUUGAAGUGGAAAACGUUGACAACCAUGACGAUAACGAGGAGGAAGUUCAAGUGAAGAUACCAAAGGAAGAGGAACUGGAAGUGUUGGAGCAACCAGAUUACCUCACUGGUAUUGCACAGGAAGUGACAUAUAACCCUGCAGCACUGCUCCAAAGCCUGUCCAAAAUCUCUGAAGACGAAGAGGGAAAUGGCAAUGGUUCAAGGCACAAUACAUCUUGCAAGGCAGAUCCCAACAAGAAGCUUCCAAAGGACUUCUGCGUUAUCCAGGAGACCAAGAGUGAGAACGUCAGCACAGAGCAUGUGGACUUCCAGCUGGCCCGAAAACAGUGGAGGGAAAUGGAAGAGCAGACCAAGAACUUGGUGCUGUCACCCACCACAAAGCAGUGUGGGCCCCUCAUGGGCAGCCACAGCUUCAUGUACACUCCAGUCAGGAACAUUGACAGGCCCAAGACGAGAGAUACGAGCCUAGAGAAUUUGGCUAUGGGUGGAGCUGAGUAUCCCCACACCCAGUUUAGCCCCUGCUCAGAGGACUCAGGCCUGGGCGAUUCCAGCUACAGGUCCCCUUAUGAAGAAUUCCCAGAGACCUCCAUUGAGAGGGAGAUCCGCCUGGCCAUGGAGAGAGAAGACAGCUUUAAGCGGGACAGGGGUUUCUCCAAUGGGACGAAACCUACAGAAUGUGCUCAGACAAAUGCCAAGCCAGUCAUCUUGCUCCCAGCGAAGCUAUGUCAGGAGGUUGACGAAAAGAGGAAGACGUUUGAGAGUAUGGAGGACGGCAGCUGCAACAUACCCAGAUCCAAAACUACUCCAUCAUUCAUUAUUACGUCUUCGCCGGCAAAGGGGCCACUUAAACACGAUCUGCCUGCCAACAGCAUCAUUAUACUAGAACCGGAAGGAAGUCCAAGACAUGGCGCCAGAGACACCUCCAGAGUUAACGAGUGGCACUCGGAUGAAACCUCCAAUGCCAACUUCAUCAUCCUAGAGACAUCCAACCUGAUCAUCAGGAGCGCCUCAGAGUUCUGCCUGAACACGGCCUGUGAGCAGCAAGGCCAGGAAUACUCCUCAACGUUCCUCAACAACCCCUUCUUCAAGCUGCGCUCCAGGAGCCAGCUGUCAUUGGUGGACGAGGAGAUCAAGAUGGUGAAACAGCGCGAAGAGGAGCUGAAGAAAGAAAGAGCAAACAUCUAUCCGAAAGGGAUGUACAACAACACAGGCCUAGUGGCCGAGAAUCUCAUGGACAGCUUGUCGUUUGAAGCUGAUGCGCCACUGAAAUGUAAGUCUUCGCCAUCAUCACCAAUGAAAACUGCAUACAAGAUGGAUCGCUCAGCCCUAUCCUGUGAUCACAGAUUUCCUGAGGUGUAUGGAGCCGGAGGAAGGCGUAAGAGCGCCUUGGCGCUGCGCUGGGAGGCUGGGGAGUUUGCCGAGUGAAGAACAGAGUACAACCCGCAGUCACUGGUGAAAAUAUUGCCUGUCCACUUUCAGCUGAGUUAAUAGACUUAAUGCAGUGCUGCAAACAUGUUUGUUUCAUGUUGCGACAUUUAACCACACUUGCUGCUUCUGUAAUGUUAUCGAUUCUCUGGUCCAAGUGCCAGGAAAUAGUAUUGUGUGUUCGCCCGCCAAGAUGCCUGAAUGUAAAUGAAUGUAAUGUUUAGUCCACAGAAGCUAACAUUUUAUGAAAUUUUAAUGUGAGCAAAUCUGAAAACAUAUUUUGGUGUAUGGUCUUGCUAAAAGGAAAGAAGCUUAUAUUUAUUGUACUUUCGUACUGUGUUUUCCAGAAAUAUUGGUGUGGGCAUAUAACAUACUGUAUGAUACAAUACUAUAACAUGUAACUUGUAUCAAAAAAUACAUUCAAUCAGUUGCUGAAAUCUGAGAUAUGUUGAACGGACAUUAUACAUCAUGUGAAAUCAUGUUUGAUUGAAAUACAUGUUUAACAUUCCCUUAAAAGCUGGAAUCCUUAAUGGUGAAACCACCACAUCCUUUUGCGAUACUUUAAAAACAAUAACGGCGAUGGGCCGCCAGUGGCGCCGUUUCCCUUAUUACGGAUUCCAUGUUUAAAAUAAAAUACUCUUUCCAGAAUCAAAAAGGAAAAAAAAGAAAGCUUAUUAAAAAAAAAAAAAAA